UUUUACCUCGCCGCUGUCACACUGAAUGCUUGCUCUUGGGGGAAUUACUAGAAUUGUUGGGUCUUUGUAGAUUACAGAGUGGUCUAGACCUACUCUAUCUGUAAAGGUCUCAAGAUAACUCUUUUAUACGUUUUAAUACUAUAACUAAAAUUGAAUUGAAUUAAAUUGAAUCUGAUCUCAGAUGACCAACAUUUCAAAUGGAGGACUCAUCUCUGCAGCUGCUGCUGGUUCUGACUUCACUGCUGAUCAGCACAACAAACCAAGCCUCUCUGACUGUGAGUCCCAGCAGCUCUCAGAUGUUUGAAGGACAACCUGUCUCUCUGAGCUGUGAGGAGGACGACAGCUCUGCUGGAUGGACUCUGAGGAGGAACACAACCAGAGAAACCAGGACUCAGUGUGGACCUGACUGGGGAAAAACUGCUGGUUCUUCCUGUAAAAUCAGCUACAUCCUCCCAUUGUACAGUGGAGUUUACUGGUGUGAGUCCAGAGAGGGAGCAACCAGUAACAGCAUCAACAUCACUGUCACUGGUGGACCAGUGAUCCUGCAGAGUCCUGUCCUCCCUGUGACGGAGGGAGAAGACCUCACUCUGCUCUGUAAAACAAAGACGUCCUUCAUCCUCGCAGCUGAUUUCUAUAAAGAUGACUCCUUCAUCAGGACUGAGCCUGCAGGUCACAUGACCAUCCACCAUGUUUCCAGGUCUGAUGAAGGCCUCUACAAGUGUCUCAUCAGCAGUGAUGGAGAGUCUCCACCCAGCUGGGUCUCUGUCACAGGAGAGGAGGUUAAAGGUCAUCAUUCAUCUUUCACACCUACAGUUCUGCCACGUCCACACGGACAGAAGCAUGUAGUCCACCUUUGUUGUUGUCGCGGGAUACAAGGUCGAAAGCUAGAGAUCCAGGGGUGUGGCGAUGACAUCAUCGAUACGCAAAGAAACCCACGACUACAAGUCCUCCUCCAACCUCCUCCAGUCCUGAUUCUUCCUCUUCUUACCCCAUGUUGUGGUCCGUUCCAGUCGGUGUCCUGGUUCUCCUGGUUCUCCUGGUUCUCCUGGUUCUCCUGGAUUAUGAGGAAUGUGGUCAAAAUAAGCCUUAAAAUGAAAAUCAUCUUCUAUAACUGUGUCUUUCUGUCCCUCCUCCCUCCAGCCUCUCUGACUGUGAGUCCCAGCAGCUCUCAGCUGUUUGAAGGACAACCUGUCUCUCUGAGCUGUGAGGAGGACGACAGCUCUGCUGGAUGGACUCUGAGGAGGAACACAACCAGAGAAACCAGGACUCAGUGUGGACCUGACUGGGGAAUAUCUGCUGGUUCUUCCUGUAAAAUCAGCUACAUGGACCGAGGGGACAGUGGAGUUUACUGGUGUGAGUCCAGAGAGGGAGCAACCAGUAACAGCAUCAACAUCACUGUCACUGGUGGACCAGUGAUCCUGCAGAGUCCUGUCCUCCCUGUGAUGGAGGGAGAAGACCUCACUCUGCUCUGUAAAACAAAGACGUCCUUCAUCCUCCCAGCUGGUUUCUAUAAAGAUGGCUCCUUCAUCAGGACUGAGCCUGCAGGUCACAUGACCAUCCACCAUGUUUCCAGGUCUGAUGAAGGCCUCUACAAGUGUCUCAUCAGCAGUGAUGGAGAGUCUCCACCCAGCUGGGUCUCUGUCACAGGAGAGGAGGUUAAAGGUCAUUAUUCAUCUUAGGAGAAACCCACGACUACAAGUCCUCCUCCAACC